AUGGCUUCAACUCACGAUCUCGAGCUACAGCUACGGCAGCUUCAAGAGCAGCAGCAGCUCCUUCUUCAGCAGCAAGAACGGCUCCAAGAGCAGCUUUCACAGCAGCUUCAACAACAGCAUCAAGAGCUCCUCCAAGCACUACGAACGCCCUCACCACAACCUUCCGGCCGUGCAAGCAAUACAAGCCGCGAUACCCGCAUUUCGAUUCGUACACUUCGAUCAGCUGGUUGGACCUAUCAGCAAAUAGCUACACAUCUCCAUCUUACGCUACGGCAAGUCCAACACGCAGCUACAACCCAAGCCACACCUCGUCGCUCGACCGGCCGCCCUCCCUUACUUACAGAAGCCCAACUUGAGGAAUUGAUUGAGUUCGUAUGUUCCUCUCAAAGAGCCCGACGUAUGGCUUACUGGCGGCUCCCACAGGAGCUAGGAUGGGAUUGUUCAGUCUACGCUAUCCGAAACGCCCUUCGCCGAGCUGGAUUUAAGAGAUACGUUGCGCGCCGAAAGCCCCCAAUUAUAGAAGCUACUCGUCAA